AUGCACAAUGAGGACAACACCAAGCAGCACACUCGCGGUCGUGGACAUGGCCGCGGUUAUGGUGGCUUCGGCAACAAUAAAAACUCACGCAAGACUAAUGAGUCUCAAGACAAUCACUUCCUUAGCUAUAUGGCUCACCUGGACACCAUCCCGGAGCUGUGUGUGUCUUCAACACCACAAAGAACCCUAACCCUUGAAGACCACUUCUAUUCUAUCCUCUCUAAGACCGUCAAGCUCGCAGAGCGACUCGGUGUCUCUGGGACCGCUGAGACUCUUUGCAUCCCAGAUGGUGCUAUCGAUCAUCCUGAGGCAUCCAUCUGUGAGGUUACUACAGAUGUAUAUGAUAUCCUGUUCAACAAGGAACUCUACGGCACUGAGGACCACAACGACGAAGAGAUUGAGGAUACGCGCACCAACAAGUGCCGCCGCACUACACCUAUCCUCCUUCAAUGCUUCGAGGACAAAGACUUCAUCAAAGAAGAGUUCAUCGAAGGCUACAUGCCCGAUGGAACAUCCUUUAGCGAGGAGAUGGACUUGGACGACAAGAUCACACAGUCUGCGGGCUUCUAG